CCAUAACAUAAGGCACAAGGUAAACGAAUAUUGCGGGGCCCACCAUCUUAACAUGCGCACCCUCUCCUCCUAAGGCACCCCCUCCCUUCAAAAAUAUCCCGCCCUCCUCCUAUUUUUACCAUCUUACCCUCCGAUUUUCCCUCCUCUCUCUCUUCAUAUACCCUCACAUUUCCCCAAAUCCCAUUUGUUUUGUUUUGUUUUUCCUUAACAACCAGACCAAAUCCACCAGCACCUUAUUUUCAAAACCACCGUAAGAAAAUGAGGGAGAUCUUGCACAUUCAAGGAGGCCAAUGUGGUAACCAAAUCGGUUCCAAAUUCUGGGAAGUUAUUUGCGAGGAGCACGGUGUUGACCCUACCGGACGAUACCAAGGAGACGCCGGUUCCGAUCUCCAACUCGAGAGAAUCAAUGUUUACUACAAUGAGGCUUCCGGCGGACGCUAUGUGCCCAGGGCUGUCCUUAUGGAUCUUGAACCUGGUACUAUGGAUAGUAUCAGAUCCGGUCCUUAUGGACAGAUCUUUAGACCCGAUAACUUCGUGUUUGGGCAAUCUGGUGCUGGUAAUAAUUGGGCUAAAGGUCAUUAUACUGAAGGAGCCGAGUUGAUUGACUCUGUUCUUGAUGUCGUUCGUAAAGAGGCUGAGAAUUGUGAUUGCUUGCAAGGCUUUCAGGUAUGCCACUCACUUGGAGGAGGCACAGGCUCUGGCAUGGGGACCCUUCUUAUUUCUAAGAUCAGAGAGGAAUACCCGGACAGGAUGAUGCUCACUUUCUCGGUUUUCCCAUCACCAAAGGUCUCAGAUACAGUUGUUGAGCCAUACAAUGCCACUCUCUCUGUGCAUCAAUUGGUAGAAAAUGCUGAUGAAUGUAUGGUACUUGACAAUGAAGCACUUUACGAUAUCUGCUUCAGGACAUUAAAGCUCAGCACUCCAAGCUUUGGUGACCUGAACCACUUGAUCUCUGCAACUAUGAGUGGUGUAACAUGCUGUCUGAGGUUUCCAGGACAGCUCAAUUCAGACCUACGCAAACUGGCUGUCAACCUGAUCCCAUUUCCACGUCUCCACUUCUUUAUGGUAGGAUUCGCUCCACUCACAUCUCGUGGUUCCCAGCAGUACAUUUCCCUUACCGUCCCAGAGCUUACUCAGCAAAUGUGGGAUGCAAAGAACAUGAUGUGUGCUGCUGAUCCUCGCCAUGGCCGCUACUUGACUGCCUCAGCUAUGUUCAGAGGAAAGAUGAGCACCAAGGAGGUGGAUGAACAGAUGAUCAAUGUGCAGAACAAAAACUCAUCCUAUUUUGUGGAAUGGAUACCAAACAAUGUGAAAUCCAGUGUUUGUGAUAUUCCUCCAAGAGGUUUGAGAAUGGCGUCAACUUUUGUGGGCAACUCAACAUCGAUCCAAGAGAUGUUCAGGAGGGUGAGUGAGCAGUUUACAGCUAUGUUCCGUCGUAAGGCUUUCUUGCAUUGGUACACUGGCGAAGGUAUGGACGAAAUGGAGUUCACCGAAGCCGAGAGCAACAUGAAUGAUUUAGUGGCGGAAUACCAGCAAUACCAGGAUGCAACCGCUGAUGAGGAUGUUGAAUACGAGGAUGGCGGUGAGGAGGUGUACGAAGCUUAACAAACUUAUGGUAACUUCUCUAAGUUGGAAUGAGGUCUAAUGUGUCGCCCUUUCGUGCUAUUGUAUCUACUAUUAUGUGAUUGUCGGUGUUUUCUUUACUGUUUUGAUCUUGUGUUUUUAAUGUGUUAGUUUGUUCCGUGGAGCAUUUGAAUAAUUUAAAUUCUUUGUUUGAUA